AUGGAGCCCGCUAUCAAGAAACUCUCAAGCACUCCUGAAGAUGGCCUCGCCAGCAGCCCCGAGCCCACCACGGCCCACGUCCAAGACGACCCUGCCAACAGCCCCAAGCCCAUUGCGGCGGACGUUGAACCCAUCCGAGCGCGCGCUGACCCCAUCACAUUGGCUGAACAAGGAACCAGCGGAACUGCCCCGGCACCACAGAUGGCAGCCGGACGAUCACCUGUGAGGAAGAACACCAUACGUUCUCCCAACAUGCCGGUCAGACGCAGCCGUCGCAUCUUUGAUCAAGAGCACGGGUUAGGCAGCUUCAACAUUCCCAUCAGCUACGGUCGACUCCACCAAGCACAGACACGUGCUGUACCAAAAAAUCCUCCUCACUGA